UCUUCUAAAAUCAAAUCUCCUCCCCUUUAAUGCCGUCGUCAUCUUCGAUUUGGACUUCCACCGCCGACACCGUUUAACUCCGAUGGUUCCUUCGCCGACGAAUCCGCAGCAGAUUCAGCAGUUCCUCUCCUCCGCGCUCUCUCAGCGCGGCCCAUCUUCUGUCCCCUACGAAGAGUCUGCAAAAUGGUUGAUCCGGCAACAUCUACUAAACCUAAUCUCUUCGUACCCUUCCUUAGAGCCUAAGACGGCAUCGUUUAUGCACAACGAUGGCCGCUCCGUCAAUCUCCUGCAAGCAGAUGGUACGAUCCCUAUGCCUUUCCAUGGAGUCACCUAUAACAUCCCUGUCAUCAUCUGGCUCCUCGAGUCUUAUCCUCGUCAUCCUCCUUGCGUCUAUGUUAAUCCCACCGCCGAUAUGAUUAUCAAGCGACCUCACGCACAUGUCACUCCUUCUGGCCUCGUCUCUCUUCCUUAUCUUCAGAAUUGGAUUCACCCUAGCUCCAAUCUCGUAGAUCUCGUCUCCGAACUCAGCGCUGCUUUUGCUCGUGAUCCGCCUCUUUACUCACGACGCCGUCCUCAGCCGCCGCCUCCGUCUCCUCCUACGGGAUAUGAUGCUUCUCUUACACGGCCUUCUUCGGCUGAUCAGUCGUUGCCUAGACCGUUCCCGCCAUCACCUUACGGCGGAGGAGGAGGUAGAGUGCAGGUGCAGCACGUUCACCACCAGCAGCAGUCGGAUGUUGCUGCGGAGGUUUAUAAGAGAAAUGCGAUUAAUAAGAUGGUGGAGAUGGUACACAGCGAUUUGGUUUCGAUGAGGAGAGCCAGAGAAGCUGAAGCAGAAGAGUUACUGAGUUUGCAAUCCGUGUUGAAAAGAAGAGAUGAAGAGAUCAGCAGAGGAUUGAAGGAGAUGGUUGAGGAGAAAGAAACACUUGAACAGCAAUUACAGGUGAUCUCCAUGAAUACUGAUAUCCUAGACUCUUGGGUUAGAGAGAACCAAGGCAAAACCAAGAACUUAGUUGAUAUAGAUGUGGAUACUGCCUUUGAGUGUGGUGAUACCUUAUCUAAGCAAAAGUUAGUCUGUACUGCUUCGGAUUUAGCCAUAGAAGAUACUAUAUAUUCCUUGGAUAAGUCGUUUCAAGAUGGAGUUCUGCCGUUUGAUCAGUAUUUGAGGAAUGUGAGGUUGCUGUCAAGGGAACAGUUCUUCCACCGAGUCACGGGUUCUAAAGUCAGGGCAGCACAGAUGGAGGCUCAGGUUGCAGCGAUCGCAGGUAGGUUACAUUCAUGAAUGUAAUAUAGUGGUCUUGUUUGUGGGAUGCUGUGUCACAAUGCUUUUAUAUAGUCUGAGAUCUACAUCUUUGAGGAGAGGAGAAUUCUGUGGCUAUAGUGUGAUGCUGCCUCUUUAAGAUUGAAUUAAAUGUCUAUAGACUAUAUAUACACGCCUACACUUCUGUGCACAUACAGAUUUGAAUAGAUCCUCCCUGAGAAUUUUCUCUGUUUGUGAUCUAUGACUACUUAUGUUUUUUUGGGGGUCUUUGUGAUGAACACAUUAUUAUCUAAUGAAUUAAUUGGUUUGAGAAUGUUA